UUGAAUUGUUUUGAAAAACGAUCGAGUGGCUAGGCAUGGCUAGCUCGUCACUUUCUUUUGUCUGUUUUGAGUUUGUCUUGACUCGUUCAGUGCACGUCGUUUUGUUGUUUGUUGUUGUCGCUCUCUGAGAUUUCGAGUUGGUUUCAAUUGUUUUGAGAACAACCUGCACAUCCUCCGGGCCGGAGAGGUCGAAAAGAUUUACCCCCGCUCAGGCAACGAGAUGUACAUACCUUUGUAGGUGUGUAAAGUUUGCACAAUUGUAGUUGAGUGUACAAUGAGCACACCGCCGCUGUAUCUUGGUGGCGGGCGAGGUCGUGGUCGUGGCCAAUCUAGGCCCCCUGGUCGUGGCGAAGGGAGACCAGGUCCAGGUGCACGUGUUCGACCCCCUCCGGGGCUAUCCGCCCCACAACGGCCCGGGACCAGCAGCAGCAACGAUGGGAACAGGUCCGGUUCCGGGGCCGAUGUCCCCACUGCUUCGGGAAGGGCGACUGCAUUGGCGUCAGCAUCCGUAUUGCCGUCACCGCCCGCGUCCGCGUUGGGAUCGUCACGACAACAGCAGGCGGCUGCUGUGCAGCAGCGCACCGUCGCCAUGGUUUCGCAGUUGAAGACGGAAGGUGCCAUUAGCAGCUCGUCGGAUGAGGAUGAUGAUGAGGACGCCGAUGUGUCCAUGGCAACGGGUAGACACGAUGCGGCUAUUCUGAACUCGACGUUGAAGCUCUACCAGCAAGCAAAGGAUGCUGACCCUAGCUUGGGAGCGGAGAGUUUGAAAGUGGACGCCACGCUGCACAUGCUUUCUGAAGCGUGCAGCAAGCGAGGCAAUGUCUGCCUAGUCUGUAUCGAGACCAUCAAGAGAAAGGACGCGAUCUGGAACUGUGGCAACUGCUUCGGCAGUCUGCAUCUGCAGUGCGCUCAGAAGUGGGCCAAGGAAGGAGUGUUUGUCAACAGGUCGGCCAACGCUGGUGAUGGCGGCGCUGCUGCUGCUGCUGCUGAAGGCCCUUCCUUUUGGGCAUGUCCUAAAUGCCGUCACGAGUACCCUCGCACACAGCUACCCUCCUUCUACUUCUGCUACUGCGGACAGCAGCGCGACCCAGAGUUUGAUGAGUGGUUGACACCUCACUCAUGCGGCAAUACGUGCGAAAGGAAACUGAAUCCACAGUGCGGACACACAUGCAUGCUACUUUGCCAUCCCGGUCCAUGUCCGCCAUGCCCUCGCAUGGUGCAGUCGCGCUGCUUCUGCCGCAAGUCCGCGCCGACCACACGCCGCUGUGUGGCGCGCGGCUGGUCGUGCCACAAGGCGUGCGACAAGCCGCUCGCGUGCGGGCAACAUCGCUGUGCUCGGCCCUGUCACGACGGAGAGUGCGAGCUCUGCGAUCGGCAGAGCGUGCAGCCGUGCCGCUGCGGGCGCAAGGCCGAGCAAAGACCAUGCGCGCAAGCGGACUGGUCAUGCGAGAAGGUGUGCGGGCGGGAGCUGUCCUGUCGGAACCACGUGUGCGAGGAGGUGUGCCAUUCCGGCGAGUGUGGCGACUGUCCGAGAGCUGGCCAGCGCUCGUGUCCCUGUGGCAAGUCCAGUAGUGAUUUGCCGUGUUCAGAGGACAUCCCUACUUGUGGGGACACGUGUGGCAAGCUGCUGCCAUGCCGAACACACAGCUGUGCAAGGCGAUGCCAUCGCGGAGAGUGCGACCAGUGCCGUCAAAUGGUGACAAAAAGCUGUCGAUGUGGUCGACAGAAGAAGUCCGUUCCCUGUUUCCAGGAGCUGCUGUGUGAGUUCAAGUGUACGGCACUGCGUCAGUGUCAGCGCCACCCGUGCAAGAGAAAGUGUUGUGAUGGCAACUGUCCACCGUGUGACAAGGUGUGCGGCAAGCAGCUGGAGUGCCGUAACCACAAGUGCACUGCGCCGUGUCACCAGGGCCCAUGCUACCCGUGCGUGCAGACGUUGGCAAUCACGUGUCGUUGCGGCAGCACUGUUUCUCGUGUGCCUUGCGGACGCAAGCGUGUCACUCGUCCUCCACGCUGUCUUCACCCGUGCAGAAUUCCACCAAGCUGUCAUCACAGCACACGAGAGCCACAUCACUGUCACAUGAAAGACUGUCCACGCUGUCGUCAGCAAUGCACCCUACCACUGCCUGGCUGCAAGCAUACCUGCCCUCUACCUUGCCAUGCUCAUAUCAGAGAGAAGUCGGAAACCAAGGCAUCGUUGGCACCUUGGGAGCAAGCAGCGCGCAGUCAGCAACAGGACAGGUCUCGCCCUGCUCCAUGCCCACCGUGCACCGCACCUGUCGUCAAAUCUUGCUUUGGCGGUCACGAGACGGCGUCGCAGCCUUGCAGCAAGGAGCGUGACUACUCCUGCGCCCGAUCGUGUGGACGAUCGUUGCCGUGCGGCAAUCAUGUAUGUCAGAAACUGUGUCACAAGAACUCCGGCGAUAGCACCACCAAUAAGCCCGGCCGUGCAUGUCAGCAGUGCGAGGAAGUUUGCUUGAAACCGCGUCCACCCGGCUGUCAGCACGAGUGUCCACAGAGAUGUCACCCAGGCGCAUGUCCGCCGUGCAAGAAGCUGAUCAACCUUCGCUGCCACUGCGGAGCGCUGCCACUCGUCAUACCUUGCCCGGAGUAUGCCAGCUGCUCAGAUCGUAACGCGCUGCGCUGCUGUUCGGACCAGUGCCCUAAAACAAUCGCGUGUGGUCACCGCUGUCGGUUGACUUGCCACUCUGGCGCGUGCUCUGCACCCAGCGAGUGUGCCAGCCGUGUCACCAAGCGCUGUGCGUGCAAGCGACAGAGUGCCAAGGUGAAGUGCUGUGAGGCCAGUACCGUUCAGCUGGACUGCAACGAUGAGUGCCGGCAAACUAAGCUGGAGAAGCAGAAGUCUGCGGAGGCCGAACGUCGCAAGUGCCAGGACGAAGAGGAGGCAAAGAACAAGGCUGAGCUUGCAGAGUUUGAACGCCAGCAGCAGGGCCGCCAGCGCAAGCGUCGUCCCAGAGCGGAGACACAAGCAGAGCCCGGCUGGUGGGAGAAGCAUUGGCGCAAAGUAUUCAUCGCACUCCUAAUCAUCGUAGCACUCCUGGCCGUGGUAUAUAUCUUCAAGAAGGUGUCAGUGCUCGACAAGGCUGUGCCGGCGGCUAAAGUGCCCAAGAUCCGUCGGCGCAAGUGAUCACAUGCGCCGUCCUAUGUCUCCGCUCUCUCGCGCUCAUCCUGGUAUUGUUACCAGAUCAGUGCAAUGAUGUUUGUACUUCAGCCCCCUGCUGUAUCUGGUAACUUAGGCGAGGGGGCACUUCAGUCCACUGCGCAGUAUGUGCACUGUCGUACAUGACCUGUAGCAUACUGCACAUCCUAUGCACCCACCAGCCGUCCAGCGUCAAGUAACCCGCUAACUGAAAUCCAGGCGUACCACUUGCCCCCCGGAGAGAUUUUGGCAUGCCAUCGGUUCCUGAAAACUCUGCUGCCUUCCAUACGGCACCUGCUGAAUGUUGUGGAGCGGCUCUUCUUUCCUGGCUUGCGUUGAAUGACCCUCUCGCCUUUUGCACUCUUCAGUGCCUGAUCUAUGCUGUUGGCAUACUACUGGUGGGUGCUUUGCUAGCUUCCACAAUGCCUGCGUUAGCUGAAUGCUUAUUUUGCUCGUCACCUGCUGAACGGCAAUGGAUCACUUCUUAGACCUUCAUUUCAGCAGUUUAUUUACCGUCGAAGGUCAUCAAAAUGUGACCACCUAACUGAUGUGCAUUGCUUCAGGGUCUUGAGAGAACUCCCUGCUUAGCCCAUACCCCUGUAUCUAGAAAAACCCUGCUUGGCCUUGUUCCUUGUGUCCCAGCGUCUCGCAAAACCCUGCGGUGCCCCUGUUCGUUGUGUCUAGUCGAACCCUGCUUUGCCCCUUUACUUGUGUCCCAGCGUCUAGUCAAACCCUGCUUUGCCCCGUUACUUGUAUCCCAGCGUCUAGUCAAACCCUGCUUUGCCCCUUUACUUGUGUCCCAGCGUCUAGUCAAACCCUGCUUUGCCCCUGUUCCUUGUGUCCCAGCGUCUAGCGAAACCCCUGCUUGGCCGCUGUUCGCAAUGCUCAAGCGUCUAGAAAAAGCCCUUCUUGGCCACUGUUUCUGUUUGUCCCAGCGUCUAGAAAGCCCCUGCUUUCGAUCUUGCUGCUUGCGCUGCAUCGGCAUCAAGGCACCGUAUCUGCUGCUUGGCCCGUCACACAGCCGCUGGUUAUGGCAGCGGCGGCAGCCAGGCAAGCGCGCUGUAUGUACAUACGGCACCAAACCACACGCUACCUACUGUACAGGAUACAGUCAACCUAGCUCGUGAAUAACGAUAUCGGAUACUAUAGCAACCGGCGACCGACGGCACAAUCUACAGACUGAAUUUACUGACCACCCGCUGUACCUAGAUUUUACUGUGGCGUUUGUGGGUUGAUUUGCUUUCGCUGGUCUUGCAUUUAGCGCCCAUUGCAGAUUUUUAUCUUUCUUGCGGCCCCUGCUUUUGGCUCUUUACAUGGUUUGCACGCACAUGCAGGGCAUGGUUUGCGAACGUGAAGCCUCCCGGCCUCACAUAAUUAUAAUGUUGAUCAUAUUGUAUUAUGGCCUUUGGAGUAUGAUCAUGUGCUCUGCCUCGGCUCUGGUGCUCAUGUGCUGAGCCUGUGCCGGUAUCCCGGGA